AUGACCAUAAACGAAGUUAAGAUGUCUCAGCCAGUUAAUCUUAUCCCAAUAAAGAGACCUGGAAGUGAAGAAGGUGAAGACGCAUCAUCGAUACCAAAAAAACGUACAAUCGAUGAUGGAAAGCGGAAUGACAGCGAUCCUGACUUUAGUUUACUUCAAAGAAGGUUAUUACAACAAUUAAAUGGUACACUUCCCACAGACGAGAAGAUGAUUUUUACGUAUUUACAAGAUUGUCAACAAGAGAUUGAUAGAAUCAUUAAACAGUCUGUCAUUCAAAAAGAGAGUCAUUCAGUAAUCCUCGUGGGACCCAGGCAAAGUUAUAAAACAUACUUACUAGAUUAUGAACUGUCCUUAUUACAGCAAUCCUACAGUGAGCAGUUCAUAACUAUCAGAUUGAAUGGGUUUGUCCAUUCGGAACAAACAGCCAUUAAUGGCAUAGCCACUCAAUUGGAACAGCAAUUGCAAAAAAUUCAUCGAAAGGACGCCAAAAUUGAUGAUACCUCUUUGGAAACUAUAAGCAGUGGUUCCCUGACAGAAGUAUUUGAGAAAAUUCUUUUACUCUUAGAUUCCACUACAAAAGCAAAAACUGAAGAUAAUGGAGAUGCUGAUAGAGGUGGUACAACGAAGAUAACAGUGGUUUUUAUAUUCGAUGAAAUUGAUACUUUUGCUGGUCCAGUAAGGCAGACUCUAUUAUACAACCUUUUUGAUAUGGUAGAACAUGCUCGGGUACCUGUUUGUAUUUUUGGCUGCACCACGAAAUUGAAUAUCUUGGAAUACUUAGAAAAAAGAGUAAAGAGCAGAUUCUCCCAAAGAGUGAUUCACAUGCCGCAAAUGCAAACCUUGGACGAUAUGGUUGAUGCCGUUAGAAAUUUACUAAUAAUUCACUCGAAAGUAUCCCUUCAUGUUACACAGUGGAAUGACUCGGUGGAAGAGGAAUUAUCCAACCCUCGAUCAAACUUGAAUAAACAUAUUAAGAUGAAUUUUGAAACUUUCCGGGCAUUACCUGCAUUUAAAAAUAGCAUAAUUCCAUUGAUAGCGACAUCCAAAAACUUUACUUCACUUUGUAGUGCCAUUAAGUCAUGUUCUUUUCUUGACUUAUACAAUAAAAACCAAUUAUCCAACAAUUUAACGGGGAGACUGCAGUCACUAUCCGACUUGGAACUAGCUAUUUUGAUCUCAGCCGCUAGGGUUGCCUUAAGAGCAAAGGACGGAUCCUUUAAUUUUAAUUUGGCUUACGCAGAAUAUGAAAAGAUGAUCAAAGCUAUCAACUCUAGAAUUCCCACAGUGGCACCCACCACAAAUAUAGAAACAGGGCAAAGUACUUUUUCCAUUGACAAUACAAUUAAGCUAUGGAUGAAAAAAGACGUCAAAAACGUUUGGGAAACUUUGGUACAGUUAGAUUUCUUUACUGAGAAAUCUGCUGUUGGUUUAAGAGACAAUGCAACAGCAGCAUUUUACGCUAGUAAUUAUCAAUUUCAAGGCACCAUGAUUCCGUUUGACUUACGAAGUUACCAGAUGCAAAUCAUUCUCCAGGAAUUGAGAAGAAUUAUUCCGAGAUCUAAUAUGUAUUACUCCUGGACGCAAUUAUGA